AUGAAGCUAGUCAUAUAUUUUACCGCAAUAGCUACACUUAUUACUGCUGCACUUGCAUACGAGACUGCUCUGAAGUUCUUUCACGUGGUUGCAAGAGAUGAGAAUGGUCGCUUGGUACAAAUCGGUUUUGAGGGCGAGUUAGUUGCUGGUUCUGAAUCCGACAAUCCUAUUUAUUUCUCCUUAGAUUCUAAUGGCAUUCUUAAGUUCGACGAUUUUAUUGUGGCAAGGAAGGGUGGUAGACUUAUUGGAACUAAUAGGAAAGAGUUGCGCAAUGCUGAAUGGGGUUUAGUUAAUGGAAACCAACUCAGCUUCAAUGGAAAGAGAACUUUCCACAUCUGUAGCGAUCAACAAAAUAUAGUCAGCAAGAAGGGAUAUCUCAGCCUAUCUUCUGGAGUAGGUUGCUCUUCUGUAGUUUUGGAGGCAGUCUUUGGAAAGUCAUAUCUUCAGGACAACCGGUGGAAAAAGAGGGCAGAAUCUGAUACACUUACAGAGACCUCUCCUCCAUUUCCUGUCCCUAAUCCAUCAGAUGAAGCACCAGUGGAGACGCCAGUGGAGACACCUGUUGAACCACCAGUUGAAACACCAGUGGAGACACCUAUCGACACACCAGUUGAGACACCUGUUGAACCACCUGUUGAUACACCUGUUGAUACACCAGUUGAGACACCAGUUGAGACACCAAUCGACACACCGGUUGAGACACCUGUUGAACCACCAGUUGAGACACCAGUUGAGACACCAGUUGAGACACCAGUUGAGACACCUAUCGAUACACCUAUCGACACACCUAUCGACAUACCUAUUGAAACGCCCAUUGAAACGCCCAUUGAUCCAGGCGAUGAAUGCACUCCCACUAGCACAACCUACUUUUUCACAAUGUUUACUGAAAUCAUUACCUACUGCAAUGCCUGUAAUGAACCGGGCUGCGAACUAGUGUGCGUAACAGAAACAUUCAUGCCAUCCGGAGUGUGGUUAUCCCUUCUUUAUGAUAGUGACUGUACUAUUGAUACUAGCGAGCCUACUGGUCCUAUUGAUUCUAUUGACAAUAGUUGUUCCAUUGUUACUAAAAUCUUGACACCAUCCGAUAUAGCUAUCCCGACAGGUUGCGAACCAGUAGUAGAAUGUGAAACAACAGUUGAACUUGUAGGAUAUGAGUCUGUGGUUGAAGAUGGAAGUACAAUUUUUGGGGACAUUCCAAGUACUAUUACAAAGUGUGUUACUGCAGUUCCAGAUUGCGUAAUUGAGAGCUUAAUUACUAUCACUACCCAAGUUUGUCUUCCAGAAAUUCCACUUCCCGAGGGAUGUAGUAGUGUAACGAUUACAACAACCUCAACUAUAGAUGUACCUACAAUUUGUCCUACUGAAAGUGAAAUUUGCGAGGAAACAACAUAUGUGACUAUCUUUUCUCCAAGUGGUGCAGUAUUUAUUAUGGAACCUCUUCCAACCACCGUUACAACUAGUCUUUGUCAUUUCGCUUCAUGUCCUACACCAGGGGUAUCUACUGUCACUUAUACUACAGUGGUUCAGGAAUGUGAUGGCGAGAUUGUAGACCCUACCAAACCUAACAACCCUAAUGAUCCAAAGAACCCUAACGAUCCAAAGAACCCUAACGAUCCAAAGAACCCUAACGAUCCAAAGAAUCCUAAUGAUCCAAAGAAUCCUAAUGAUCCAAAGAACCCUACCAAUCCAAAGACUCCAGACCCCAAGAGCCCAAGCUCAAGUACGUCAGAUAAACCAAGGGGCACUCCAGGAGUUGAAGAUGACGACAACCAAGACGAAGGCACUGGUUCAUCUCUUCAUUAUUUCUCGGGAGCUGCAGUUUUAGUAGUUACAUCAAUUCUUCUCUUUCUUUGA